AUGGAGGACGCGUUCAUCAGCGGCGAGCGCCUUCUUCCUCCGCCUCUACAGCAUACUACAACUACACGGCUGUUUGUGAUCAUGGACGGAGAUGAUAUCCCGACCCUCAUUGAGACAGACGAAGCUGUUGUACUUCGCAACCAGGACAAGACAGUACCUCUUACCAUCAUAUGCGGCUUCCUGGGGGCUGGAAAGUCGACUCUUAUUCGACGUAUUCUUUCCGAGAGACAUGGCUACCGGAUAGCUGUGAUAAUGAACGAUUUUGGAGACACCGCUGUGGCCAAGACCAUCAAUGUCUCUUCGGCAAAUGACUCUACGGAGACGUCGGAAGAGAUCCUUGAACUCGCUAACGGCUGUCUUUGCUGCAGUAUCAAAGAUUCUGGUGUCGCUGCUAUCGAGAAACUCAUGCAAAGGAAAGGCGCGUUCGACCAUAUCUUGCUUGAGACUACUGGUCUAGCCGAUCCAGGUCCAAUUGCGUCCCUGUUUUGGCAAAACGAAGAGUUUUCUGCGGGCCUCGGCCAGUACAUACAUCUUGACGGGGUUGUAUGCAUGGUGGAUGCCGUAUUCGGCCGCCAACAAAUGGAAGAGGAUCACUCCGUGGAUGGCAUUGGCGAAAGUUUGAGACAAAUUGCCUGCGCGGACGUUCUCCUGCUGAACAAGGCCGAUUUGGUGACGCCUGCACGAGCCACAGAACUUGAACAGCUUAUGGCUCAGGUCAAUCCGGCUGCGAUCAUCCAUCGAACAGCGCAGGGGAACAUCGAUUUGAAGCACAUUAUGGGUAUUGAUGCUUACGCAUCAAAGUCGAGGUCUCUCGUGGCAGAUUGCCCUGCCCACACAGAACAUCAUCCAAGCGAGCCUUGUGACGGGUGUUGCAAGGGUACUAAGCACAAGCACCCCCAUCAUUACGAACUGCGCGGAAUCUCGAGUCUGCAGGUCUCGGUACCCGUGCUCCCACAGGAAACUUUCGACCGCAUAGAUGAAUGGAUUCGAACGCUUCUCUGGGACGGCCGUUUACCGGAAGAUUCCGUUUCGAUGUCGCAGCGCAUUACCGUCUUACGCUGCAAAGGUAUUUUUCAGACCUCAGCAGGCACCACUUACGUCUUGCAGGGUGUGCGGAGCCUGUACGAGAUCUCGCCCGCUGUCGACGAAUCCGAUUUAGGCUUGGAAGCGGGAAAGCUGGUGUUCAUUGGUAAAGGACUCGACGAAAAUAUGCGCGAUAGUCUGCUGCGUGUACUGGGCGAAUGA